GACAGGUAGCUGCUCCGUGCCCUACUUCCCCUCCUCCCGGUACUCCCCCCCCCCCCCAGCGGCUGGCAGAAGAAUGACUUUGCCGUUUCAUCUUUAGACUGUUGGCAUUUCUUCUUUUCUUUUUAAAUCUUUCACAUGUUCUUUCCUUUUUAUAUUUGGGAUGAUCUGGAGUGCUUGUUACGACUUCUACUUCAAAGUCGAACUCUGAUAAUGAGCUAUAAAUCAUAUAUGGCUCAUUUGAGAGGGAGGAGGGAUGGGAUGAAUGCUAAAACAGCACUGGAAGACUUCAAAGGCCUGUUACGCUGAGCAGUGCUCCUCAAAAGUUAGCGCACCCAUCGCCAGCUGCUGGUGGGAAUUUUGAUUUAAUAGGACACCAACAGUCUGGACUUCCACCACUGUACAGGAUUUGACCACUGGGUUUUAAAAAGGAACAGUACCCCUGAAACUGCCUGUUCCUAUCCUGCUGUGGCUGCACAGGGGGGACCCCGGCAGCCCAGGCCCUGACUGACCGGGGGCGUUCCUGGCAGCCUCCAGAACAAGAACAGAGAUACAACCAAAAAUGGAAACUCAAAAGGUGCAGAAAAAACAGUGUGAUAUGAAAACAGAUCUGAACUUACUGCUUGAAUGCCUUAAGUAUCAGAUGGACUGCCCUGUGUCUCAGAAAGAGGCUUUGAUCACUAUUUAUUCAAUUUGUCAACAAAACAGUGAAGCAAGUGAAUAUUUUCGAGAAAUUGGUGGUUUGAUGUUUAUAAAUGAUCUUGCAAAGUCAAAUGUUCAUUGUAUAGUAAAGGAAGCGGCUUUAUUUACAUUAGGAAUUAUAAUAGAGAGUAAUGUUUAUUGUCAACAAACUUUGUGUACUUCUGCAUUGUUUGAAGACCUCAUUUUAUUUUUAAUUAAUAAGGAUUCUGGUGUGAACUUGAAAAGAAUGUCUGUUUAUGUCAUCUUAGUACUGGUUUCAAAUAAUAAAAGUGGGCAAACCUACGUCAGAGAUACAGGCUGCAUUGGUCUUCUGCUACAGUUAUUCAGAACAACUCUUUCCAUAUCUGAGAUUAAUCUGUCAGAUGAAAAUACUAAUCAGUGCUAUCAGCUGUGGUCUUCAGUCUGCAGUACCCUCUGUGCCUGUGUUAACAAUCCUCAGAAUGAAGAUAAUCAAAACAUUUGCUGUUCAGUUUUUCCGUAUGCCAAAGAGUGGCUUGAAAGUUGCACAGAGCCUGAGAUAGUUCGUCCUAUUUGUUCAUUUGUUGGUCUCACAGUUGCAAAUAACUUGUAUGUGCAGAAAUAUUUUGUUUCUGUUGGAGGAUUGGAUACAUUAGCUAAAGUUCUCAUCAAGCUUAUGCAUGAUUCCUGUAUGAGUCACUCAAGCACAAAGCUUGCAGUAGUAGUAACGAAGACUCUGGAUGCCUGCAUUGCUAAUGACUCUGCCAUGGGUGUUGUCUUGGCAAAGUAUCACACUGUGUCAGAGCUACUGAAGCUGCUGUCCAAUGACACUCUGGAUACAGGAGAGAAAAUUAGUAUUAUUCUAACAAUUGGACAUUGUACUGAAGUUUGUGAAGAAAACCAAUGCGAACUGCUCCAGAACAAUGGUCUUCCACUUAUGAUUCAGGUUUUGACUGAGUCUCAGGAUGAGGAACUAAACAAAGCUGCUACUUUUGUGCUGCAAAACUGCAAACAAAUGACUGAACAGUUGUCCCUGAAAAUAAAUGACAAUUCAUUAAACGUGAACAAUGUAGAAGAGUUGGACGUGCAAGUCAGAAAAAGAAGUCUACAAGACUACUGGAAGAAAGCAAACGAAAUUUUGCACAGAAUAAAAUUGAUUGAAAAUGAACGUGAUGAGGUUGGCCUAUUACCAAACAACACUGAAGCAUCAAAAUAUCAUGAAGUAAAUCCUGCUGAUCCAAAAACUUACAUAGAAAGAACACAUAAAGUAGUACAUUGUCUGCAGUUGACCUCUAAGUUGGAUGAUCAGGUUCUUGCUCCAUCUGUAGAUUCUUCUCCACUGAAAAAUGAAAUAGUGAACACUAUAGAUCCAGUAAAUGCUUCUGCUAGACAAAGUGAACAGAGUAAUAUUCCAUGUUCAGUUAAUGAACUGCAAACAGACAGUGUACUUCAAAGUCACAGUAAAAAUGAAAAAACUGCUUGUGUAAAAAAUCAAUCUAUUCCUGAAGUAAGUGAACACUUAUUUAAACAACCAGCAGAGAUUGUUAAAAAUAUGAAACAAACACACACAUCAGAUCAACAUUCAUUCUACUCAGAGUUAACCAAGGAAGAAAAAAGUACCUCAACUGCAUCUGCAUCCCAUAAAAUGGCAAAUUUAAAGUGUCUAGGUUGUACAGCAGGAGGACUGUCCUUCAAUAGUAAAACCUUUACCAAGAUGUUGCAAAGUUGUCCAUACCAGUGUGACCAUCACAAAUUCAUUCUGGAAGCUGAAGAACGAUACAGAAAGGAACUUCGCAAAUGGGCUGUUUGCAACAACAGUAGAUAUGCAACUUAUGAGAAAAUACUGCUGACCCCAGUGAAGAAAAAAAGACUGCAUACAGAAAUACCAACUUUUAGGAGCAAAAAGGAUAGUUUCCAAAGUAUUCUUUUGACUCCAGUUACAAAAACCAAAUCUGAUACUUCAAGUAGAGAUGAACCCAGUAAAAACACUACGUUGACUGACAGCUAUAACUUGAUACCUAUGUACAAAAAGUCUUUCCAAAAAAACCAAGAUGCUAACUUGAAGAGAAAAAGAGUCAGAGGAACGUGCAACCAGCAAUGUCAGCACUUAAAAGAAAAUUGCAUAUAUUCACUCGACACAGAUGAGAACAAUGAAAUAUGUUCCUUGGACAUAAAUGCAACAACUUUAAGGAAGAGAAGAACCCGAAAAGAUUUCACGACUGAAGAAAUUAACUGUCUUUUGAGUGGAGUAAAAAAAAUGGGUAAUCACUGGAAUUUGAUUUUGUGGUCUUAUCCAUUUCAGAAAGGACGGACAAGUGUUGAUCUUUCCAAGAAAUACUACAGAGGCAAGAAAAAACCAAAAAGCAUCAAUAACGCCUCUCAAGAGUUUUGGAUUUUGUUGCAGAAUGUUGAAGAACAGCCUUAUUAACAGUGAGGUAUUGCUACAACAAUAUGAGCCCUGAGAGAAUUUAGAUUGGCUUGGACUCAUGUUUUUCAGUGAUAACAUCACUGACAGAGUUGUUAUGCUUUGUAAAUUUAAAUUACACAUAAUUUAAUAAGGUUUUUUUUUUUUUAAUAAUGCUAACAUAGCGAACAGUCUUUAUCAGUAAAAUGUAUGGGUUUUUUAAAUUUAACCUUCUUGAACAUUUGAUUUAUGGAACCUUUGAUUUGGCUUUCUGUUUGAAUCUUUUCAUGGUUUGCUUUAUAACAUUUGUAAGAAAAGGCUAUAGUGCUAAAAUGAAUAUUUUGUGUCAGAUAGUGGUGUUUAACGUUGUGUCUGAAUUUGUUUCCUCUUAAUCAGUGAAAUGUUUAAAGGAGGUAAAGCAUCUUGUCAUGUGUUUAAUGUGUUGUAUGUGCAGAAAAAUAUAGUUAUGACAGAAAACACCAAAUGUGUGGUGAAACACUGCUGCAUAUAGUAGGCAAAUCUUACAUUGGUACAGUGAGUAAAUUGAAAUAGAAAGCUUGAGGAAAUCUCGGAACUUCUUGGUAGAAGAUGUACAGUGUGGUUCAGCUCCAGCAUUUCUUGACUGGUAUUAAUGACUGGGGUAACAUUCCUGGGCCUACGUAAAAUACUUCAGCAUUGAACUAAGUAGAAUGCAGGUACUGAUAGAAUUUGGCUUCUGUUUAUAGCUGGAUGUGGUCUGGUGUAUUAUUGGAGUGAGUGAGUAGAACCACCGUUUCUGCUAAUUACACAAUUUUUAUAGAAAGCUUUAACGAAAGCCUUAGUAACUCGAUUUU